AUGCCAGUAAUCGAGGAAUUGGCCGAUGAAUUUUCGGAAAGUGUCAAUAUCCAAAUUGUCAAAAUCGACGGUGACGGUGAUGGGAAACGUAUGCGUAAAAAGUAUAAAGUUGGAGGGUACCCCACGCUAUUGCUUUUUACUGACUCACUGGCUCACCCCAUUACUUAUAACGGUCUGCGAGACCAGAAGUCAUUGAGUAACUUCAUCAAGCUCGCUUCUAAAGUUGAAAACAAAAAAUAUGUGGAAGACAGUGAACAGUCCCAAUCAUCUGUGAUUUAUUUAAGCGAAGGAGAUCUUGAUUCGCUAGAAAACAUAUCAUCAAACAAAAAGCUUGUCUUGGUUCAGCACAAGCAAUUGCUGUCAGACUUCCUACUGAGUUCAUGGAACCAAGCUGCCCAAGUCUUCAGAAAUAAUGCUAAUGGUGUAAAGUUUGUUGAACUUCAUAUUACCGAUCCAAGUGUACUUAGUCUGAGUUUCGAUGUCUCAGAUUUACCAGUGAUAAUUGAAGUCGAGUCUGAUUCUUUUGAAAAUUCAUCAUGUGUGCAGCAAGUGACGAAAGAUAACAUUAUGAGCCUCGUCGAACGAAUCUUUAGCAUUUCAGACAAUGGAGAUGUUCUCUCUGAUAGAAAUGCUGGAAGGCUUUUUUUUGUAGACAAGCGGAUCAGGUUUGAGAAUACCGAAGAUGGUGAAAAUCUCCUCAGAGAUAUUGUCGUGAUGCUUGACUGCGAUAGUACCGAGGCUAAGGCUUUGUUUGAUAAAUACAAUGUGGAACAUGGUGCUGAUUUAUCGAUGCUUCCGUAUUAUCAAAAAAUUGUGGCAAAAAUCCUUGCGAAAGAGGAAUCAUGGUUGAAAUCUGAGUCAAAUCGCUUGCAACUGAUGAUUGGAAGCUUGGACAUGAUGACGAAAAGUGACGCUCACUACGCCAUGAAGAGAGCCAACAUUUUAAAGGCAAGUAUAGCAGGAAGAAGAUUAUAA